AGGGGUCUUCUGCCUCGUGGUGUGAAACCCUCAAAACUCACAUCUACAUUACAUCUACUCUUCCAUCUGAGUGCAACAAAAGUGCUUCUCCCUUUGGCCUUUUAUAUCUUAAUUUUCCCACUUCAACAGCAGUUGAGAAAAAAAAUCCAAGGACAGACUUUUAUGAAGACUCAAUAUUUUCUUGGCUGACAAUCCUGAAUGUAGUGACGGAAGGCUCGUCUGCUGACAGGUUGUGGUGAAAGUCACAUGAACUUUGGUUUGUAAUGCAGCUGCACUGUUUGCUCUCCAUCUGAAGAUUGAGGUGUAACCAGAAUGAAGUGAGUGCUCAUCUUCUCUGCAGUCCAUAAUGACACAAGGAAGACGGAUCAGGGCAGGAAGUGGGAAACAGGUGCUGUGGUUUAUUUUUGCUUACCUUCCACUCCUGGCUUUACCAAGCGAGGGCUUCCUCCCCAACUUCUGGUCCAGAGUGUUGACCCUUUCCUGGGACUCAUACACGCAUCAGUACAUGACAGAGCAGGCUAUCCUGACGGUGACCCAGGAGGUUCUGAGAGACACUUCAGACCAGCACAGAGCACUUGCAGAGGAUGAGGUCAGACUAGGCCGUGCCUUCUGGAGAGCCGUUGGGGAGGUCGUCAGCUCCAACGCAGACACAGACUUCAUGAUUUCCACCAAGUCUGAUCCAGUGUACCACUUUGACUCAGAGCGUAUCAAAGACGGUAUAUUGAUGCUACGACAGUUAUGGACGCAGACCGUGCUGUCAGUAAGAGCCAAAGAGUACCAGAGCGCCCGUUCCAGCUUGGGUCAGCUAUUCCACUCCCUCCAGGAUUUUUACAGCCACAGUAAUUGGGUGGAGAUGGGUCAAAAAUCCAUCUAUCUCCACCUGAUGCAGCCCGAGGAGCCUGCCACGCCUGUUGCUCCAGAAGACAAGCCUACCUGCUCGGACUGCUUCACCGCCACGUGCCGAAACAACCUCCUGCCAGCUCUGACACACACUCAGCUCCUCACCACUGGAUAUCCAAGCAGCUCCACCUCUAAACCUCAUGGCAAAUGCAGUCAUGGAGGAAUCCUGGACAAGAACACGGUCCUGAGAGCCAAAGGGGGAAUUAAUAAGGACAGCACCUCACCAGUUUUCUCCCCUCAUCAUUAUCUUCACAAAGAAGCUGCUACAUUAGCUACUGAAGCCACUCAGGCUGUUCUGAGAGAUCUCAAAGACACUGUGGGAGAUGAAUCCCUCCUUAGGCUCUUCAGCGUGAAGCAGAAGCCUGCAUUGGUGUUUGUCUUGGACACCACCGGCAGCAUGUUUGAGGAGAUCACCGCCGCCCGCCUCAGAGCUCACUCCAUCAUCCAGAGCAGAACCAGCAGCGCCGACCAGACCAGCACCUUUGUGCUUGUGCCCUUCCAUGACCCAGAUGUGGGACCAGUGUAUGAAGAAGAAGACCCAAAUACUUUCAUGCAGCACUUGGAGAACCUGAUAGCUCUGGGAGGAGGAGAUGAACCUGAAAUGUGCUUUUCAGCCAUUCUGCUGGCGCUGACCCACAGUCCUCCUCUGUCAGACAUCUUUGUGUUCACCGACGCCUCGCCUAAAGACGCUCACUUGUUUGAUGCAGUUAAAGCUCUCGCUCUGAAGAAGCAGAGCAAGAUUACAUUUCUGCUCACUGAAGAUCCAUACUACACACCAGGAAGAAAGAGGAGGAAGAGGAGGAGUAAGGAGCUUCUUCCCUCUGAUCGUUUUUCCCUGUACUCCUCCCUGUCCUCACUCUCCGGAGGACUGACUGUAUUCACCACUGACUUUGACAUCCAAGGCGUUUCUGCCAUAGUGGAGGACCACACAGCUGCUGACAAGGUGACCCUCCUCCAUGUGGAAGCUGAUCCAGAGCUGACCUCUGAUUACUCCUUCAGAGUUGACAGCUCAGUCAAGAAGGUCAUCCUGCAUAUCACUGGUACUUUGGUUGAGUGCAUCCUCACCAGCCCAUCAGAUCAAAGUCAGUCUCUUCUGAGUGGGAAAGGCCCUCUAGCAGAGCUGGAGCACUCCCAGGGUCUGUAUCGCAUCAGCCUGCUGCUGCCUGUACAGUCUGGUCAAUGGAAACUCAGAGCCAUGAGUGACGGACACGUCACUUUUAAUGUGAUAGGUGACAGCACUGUGGAUUUCCUGUAUUACUUUGCUACUUUAGCCAAUGAAACACAUCCAGGCCUUGCAAGAGUGGAGGGGAGUCCUAUAGCAGGCCUCCCUGCCUAUCUGGUGAUGUAUGCCACAAGCCUGGAUUCAGACACAGAGGUGUCGUUCAGCCAUGGAACGCUGUUGGGGGCUAAAGGAGAGAGCCUUCAGCAGGUGAAGCUGGACACCUCCUCCUCUUCAUCAUACCAGGCAUGGAAGGAAGUUGUGGGCCUGGUGGAGUCGGUGCCCGCAGUUCCCUUCUGUGUUCAACUUUCAGGCCAAGACAGCAGAGGAAACAAGCUGGACAGGGUUUCCACGGAGAUGAUUCACCCCACCCACGUUGAGAUACAGGUGUUGUCAGUGCCCCCCCUCGUACCAGGUCACGUCAGCACAGUGGGCUUUCAAAUCCUGAACCACGGACCAGCUCGACUCUUUGAUUUGACUGCUGAUGAUGACUGUGACUACCUUCAGAUGAAAGGACCACAAAGGUUUCCUGUUGCAGAACAAGGCUUGUAUCGCAGCGAAGUGAACCUCCUCACUCCAGCCACAGCUCUAGCAGGAGCAACUGUCACGCUCACACUCACUGUGCACGAUCUGGAUUCACCCGACUCUAACUUCGCUGUGACCUACCUGACUGUGGUCCCUCUACACCCCGACACGUCGCCCCCAUCGUGCUCUGUUGCCCGAGUGCAGUCGGACUGCCCUUCUGUCUGCAAUCAGUCCAGCUGGAGUGUGUCGCUGGUGGUGUCAGAUAAUGGUCGCUCUGGCCUAGCUGCCCUCCAGCUGCAGAAGGGUGACGGCAUUUUCACUUUGUUUCACCGCGCCCCGUUCCUUGAGGACAUCUCAGAUGAAUCCGGGAACAAGCAGAAACAAACACACAAGGACAACAAGGCCAGCGAGGACCAUCGUCAUCACCACCAUCAUCAUCACAGCGACCACAAAACCAGAUUAAAGGCCGGAGAGCCGCCAUUGAACAUGUCUGCAUGGGCACACAGCUCGUCUCAGCCGCUGUGGGCGGAGUACACAUCCAGCUGCUGCUCUGGUCAGGCGGAGGUGCUGGUGUGGGACAGAGCUGGAAACACCAAACGCUGCCGUCUAACAUCUGUGGAGCAAAAGAGAACAGACAGAAGCUCAGAAACCAGCGGAACUGCAGCAUCAACGUUCACCGGGGCUUUUUCUCUCAUUUCCGGCCUCCUGUGGUUUCUGUUGGCCUGAUUCAGGCUUCCAUGCUUUGCUUCGCAGCAGUUACUUAUUUAAUCAGAAAAAUUCCUGUUUUAGAGGAACUGCUCACCUAAAAAUAAAUUUCUUUCAAAGA